AUGCUUGGAUAUUUUGUGGAGGCAGAUUGUGUGGGCUUUGGUGGUUGUGAGGAUGAAAUGGAAAGAGCAAAGGCCAAAAGCCAAAGAGAGAAGGAGCAGCACGCCCGUUGGAUUGGAAAGGGUGGAACCUCUGCUUUCCAGAAGGCGGUCGUCUGCUCCUUCUGUCUUUGGCUGUCUUGGGGAUCCUGGCCGGGCCCCACUUUCCUGUUUUCUGCCCGGCAAAUGGGACCGGGCGCCCAAAAUUUCCUUGGUGCAAUUCAAAUCGAAUCACGUGCGAAACCAGUUAGCACUUCCGCUCCUAUUGUUUUGCCUUGUAGCUGGGGCUCCACCACUUUAACGUGCAUCAAGCAUUAA